AUGAAGAACCGCUUCGAUCUUCGAUUUCUGAAGAGGAGGUUCGAUGCGUUCGGCGGAGGGCCGGAAGGUAAGAGGGCGAGACCGCCGCAGGGGUCCGGCUUGGCAGGCGCCGCACCGCCGCAGCGAGUGCAGAAGAAGCUCUCGGCGGUGGCAUCUAGGGUUCCGGCGGAGCCCGUUUGCGCGAAGGAGGAGGCGACGACGCCGGAGCUCGUUUGCGCGAAGAAGGCUCUUGACAUCCUCAACUGCAUCGCCGCCUUGCCCUUCGACCGCGACACCUGCCUCCGCCUCCUCGAUGCCCUCCGCACCUACGUCCUCCACAGGCUAAGUUCUCACUCUUCUACCAACUACGCGCAAUCAAAUCAAUCCGAAGAACAAGCUGUUCAAAUGAGUUGCCUCUUCACCACUCUUAUACUUGGAUCUAUAAGAGAAUUUAAUCCAUGAUGAUCAGAAGCUUAUUUUGUUGGCGUCCUUAAGUGAUUCUUUGGAAUAUCUUGCAGAUUCAAUUGAAAGGCUUGGGGAGUCCUUCAUUAGGCCACCCACCAGUACAGAGGACAGAAAUCAUACUAAUCAAUCUCAUAAGCACACAAGGACAGCAAGUGCACUUCCUAAAAGCCUGGCUUCUCUUGCUACCGAGUAUAGAAAACUAGCAAUUGAUUGCUUGAAGGUCCUCCGAUUGGAAAUGCAAUUAGAGACAAUAUUCCACAUGCAGG